AUGCCAGAAAUCCAGGGGGGUUCUGUGAAGAGGAGAAAGGAUCCUGAGGGCAAGCGCACCGCCUCGCAUCUCAAGGAGCUGGGCCUUGCGUUGCCGCAGAACUUCUUCCAAGACUUCGAGGAUCACUGGCGUUUCUUGCCGGGUUCUACCAAAGCCGCCGAGACAUUCCGCAGGAUAUGGGGCUUCAAGUCUGUGCUGAAGCAUGCAGUCCUGGGCGGUUUCAAGGCCUACGAGUUCGGAAUCCCACGCCCAACUUACGAUGCCGGUCCGGCAGAUGAUGCUGCCCGACGUGCAAAGCGUGCGCUGCGGCGGAACCUCACUCUGGUGCAGAACCAUGUGCACCGUGGGGAUGCCCUGUUGUCUCGCUACCUUCGGCGAGCUGCCCUCCUCUUCGGCCUGCCGGGAGGCCUCAACUCCUACACUACGCCGGCGCUUGCUGUAGGCUUCGGCUAUCACUUCGAUCCCAGUGACGCAAUCAUCCUCCAGGUCGAGGGCAACAAGACCUGGGAGAUCUGUGGCCGCAGAUUUCCAAAUGCCUUCAGCUUUGCGAACCUCACCUACAACCAGAUCCCCAACGAUGCCGAAGACGUAGCAAACUGCAGCGAAGUCGUGCUCCGUGAGGGAGAUGCUCUCUACCUGCCUGUGGGGCAGGUCCACCGCGCUCAAGCGAACAAAGCUUUGUCCAUCCACCUGACCAUGUCGCUGAAUCGGCAGUUUUGCAGUUCCACUGCGGUGCUCCUGAAUGUGGCUGAGCAGAUCAACCCAUCGAAAGAGUUUGGCUUCGCUCAGCCUACCUUUGUUUCAUGGGUGCAUGCCACAGCGGCAGACCCUAGCCUGGCUCCCUUGCACGCCGUCCCCCCCGCGCUGCGCUGCCGACCGCGAGGCAAGCAGCGCUUCUGCCCCGCCUGGCGUGGCUUUCUGGACGAGGGACUCGCUGGCAAGGCCCUGGCAAAAGAUCCACCUGGCUUGCCGGAGGCACCGGACGCGGCCAUGCUUUCUGCUUGCGUGGAGGACCUACGGAAGGUGGUACGGCUACUGAAAGCCCAUCCUGCGAGCGCUCAACCGCUUCUUCUGGGCGUCCGUCUUGCCGGCAAGGAGGCCCCAGUGGUGGGGAAGCUUCCUCCUACACAGGUUCUUGAUGGCAUCGCCCAGCUCCUGGGCCCGCAGCCUUGCAAUCGAACACUCCUGGCCUGGCAAAAGCUGCUUCUGAGGCAGCACCAGGAGUACUAUGAGGCAAGCUUCAGGCUCGAUGACUUCUUCGACGAGUCUACUGUAGGCAGCGCUGUUCUCAUGGUCGCUCGAAAGAAGGGCAGGGCUGCGGCCCAAAGCAAGGGCGAUGUGGUGAUGACUCCUGCGGGCCAGGAUGCAAAAGUCAAAAAGACAAUCAACAAGAGCCGCCGGCGCAAGGCGACAGCGUCUCAAGCCAAGGCGGCUCCCGAAUCCAGGAAGCAGCGGCGAAAAAGGCUGGCCUCUUCAGCCGUUUCAGGCGGCGAAAGCGAAGAGGAGCUGCGAAAGCGACAGGCCGAAGAGUGGAAGUCCAUGAAGGCGAAAGUGGCAGCUCUGAAGAAGGAUCGGCAGAAGCUGCCCACGCGAGGCAGCAAGGAGAAGCGGCAGACCUUGAACCAAGACAUCCGCCGACUGCAGGAAGACAUGCAGGUGAGGCAUCUGGCGGAGCUCCGUGCUGCGGGUCUCGAAGCGACCACGAAGGUGACCGUGGCAGGACAUGGCUUGGUUGUCUGCACCGCGAACCCAAACCUUGGGAAGGAGUUGUUGAACCUCGACGAAGCCGACGCUGAGAGUGCAGAGGCGAAGCUCAUUCGUGAAGAGCUCGAAGGCCACAGCGAAUGGGGCGAUGAUGAGACGAUGACGACUCCGUUCAUGUGGGAUUAUCCGGAAGAGUCCUCGCUGCCGGACCGGAUCCCCCCAUGGAGCAAGCUCGACCGGAAGGCCGAGCCGGAGCCACACAAGCUUUAUAAGCUUCAAGAGGGGGGAUCCGGCAUGCAGCUGGGAAGCGAAGUGCACAGUUUCCUGGACUUUGCAAUGCCUCAACCCGGGACUCCGUAUGCGACGGAGCACGUUCACAGCUUUGCCCAGUACUCCCUGCCUUUGAAUGCAAACUGGGCACGCGCGUUCGGCCACUCUUUCGUCGUCGAUGCGCGUGCGCGCGCAUCCGGAGGCGUUGACGUCAAGAACUCCAAGGUCCUUGUGAAGAAGCACUGGGUCGAUCACCCCAAGGUGACCGAGGGGUGGGUUCUGUGGAUCGGAGCCGAUGCUGUCUUGGUCAACUUCGACAGAGACAUCCUGAGGCAAACGAUUCGCCUAUAUGCGACCCCCCACACGCAGGUCAUCAUCACUCGGGAUCCACAUGGGAGAGCAGGCGACUCCAUGUCUCUCUUCAACGCCGAUGUCAUCCUCAUUCGCAGGUCCCCAUGGAGCUCGCAGUUUCUACAGCGGUGGUGGGACGACGAACGUAUGAAAGAGGGCCGUACUGACCAAGAGGUGCUUGAACUCCUCUACGUCGAGGAUGUACUGGGAGCUCGACAAGCCUUCGUCCUCCUCCCACCCGGAGCACUGAAUUCCGACUCUCUUUCCAUCAUCGCUGGACCUCCCAGCGAGCAGCCGGUGGUGCAUCUGGGAGGCCACAGCGACGCUGUGCGGCAGCGUGUUUUCAGCGAAGGGCUGCGGCUGUUGUGCCAGGAGCAGCUGGCUUCCCAGACUUUGGAGCUUCGGAGUGCCUACGUGAAGGCCCUCUGGCAGGAAGUGCAGUCACCCGGCGAGGGCCGCAGCUCUGGACACGUGCAUGCCUCGACGCUGGCCGGACAUUUCCAGCGCUUGGCAUGGCAGCUGGAGGAGUUGCGCCGACCGGAGGAGGCUCUAGCAGUGCAACGCCGCGCUCUGGCGGUGAUGGAGCAACGGCUCGGAUCACAACACCAUCAGACACACGAAACGGCGCUGGCCCUGGGCGUGGCCUUGCGAGACCAUGGUCGCCUCAGAGAGGCAGAACCGCAGCUCCGGGCAGCCUGCCGGGGGAUGGCGAGGAUGCUUGGCAAGCAGCACCGUGACGUUUUCAGCUGCGCGUCGCAGCUGGGUCUGGCACUGGUCGAGCAGCGGCCCCAGGAGGCCGAGGUGCUCUUCCGGCGAGCCCACAAGGGGUAUUCGAAGGCCCUGGGCCUUGAGAGCACCGCCACCGCCACAGCCGCGCUGAAUUUGGCAGAGAGCCGCAAGCGCUUGGGCAGACCGGACGAGGCCGAGCCGCUGCUUCGCGCA